AUGGCGUCGUCCAGGGGCCCCCGGGCUGGGAUGCGACACUCGCCCCAGGCUGUCUCUACCUCGGGGAGCUCUAGAUUCCUGAAGAUGCUCAAGAUAUUAGCCUUCAUCUCUGGGCUGGGCAUGGUUUUAUUUGUGUUCUGGAGUUUGACCUCCCAUGGCAGGGCAAGAAGCAUCAAAGUGUUACAUUGGCCUACUCUGCCUACUGCUCAGAUGCCAAAGUUGCUUUCGGAGAUGCAGCUCAGGAACCUCUUUACCUAUGAUGGAGUCUGGCUAUUUCCGAAAAAUGAGUGCACAUGUAACAACGCUAAAAAUGGGGGCUACACCUUUCAGCAUGCUUACGACCCACAUGACCUCCCUGCAGUGACAGCCAGGAGAGAAAUGGAAUAUGGACACUUUCAGAGAAGGGAAGGGCUGCCUCACCCACCACCCCUGCUGGCUCCACCCAACCUCCCUUUUGGAUACCCCAUCCAUGGACUGGAGUUGAUGCCCCUGCACACAGUUCCCAUCCCAGGUCUCCAGUUUGAAGGACCAGAUGCACUCAACUAUGAGGUAAGAGGUACACUGAAACUGACCCUGGGGACACUGCACACCCUUGCUGAUGUCCCAGACGAUGUGGUGCAAGGCAGGGGCACAAAGCAGAUGACCAUUUCAACCAGUGACCGGAUGCUUUUGAAUUUCAUCCUCCAACAUGUGACCUACACUAGCACCGUGUAUCAACUCCAUGGUGUGGAUGUGGUGAGUUUGAAGUCCAAGUCCUCAGUGGCCAAAUUUCCCGUGACCAUCCGCUAUCCUGUCAUACCCAAGUUACGUGACCCUGGAGCAGGGAGAAAACUCAGGGACCUGGUGACCAUCGCCACCAAAACUUUCCUCCGGCCCCACAAAUUCAAGACCAUGCUCCAGAGUCUCCGCAAAUAUUACCCAGACCUGACGGUGAUCGUGGCUGACGACAGCAAGGAGCCAAUGGAGAUACUCGACAAGCAUGUGGAAUACUAUACCAUGCCCUUUGGGAAGGGUUGGUUUGCUGGCAGAAACCUGGCCAUCUCACAAGUCACCACCAAAUACGUUCUCUGGGUAGACGAUGACUUUCUCUUCACCUCUGAGACCAAGAUAGAAGUGCUGGUGGAUGUCCUGGAGACGACUGAACUGGAUGUGGUGGGCGGCAGUUUGCUGGGGAACACAUUCCACUUUAAGCUUUGGCUGGAGCAUACCAGGCACGGAGACUGCAUUCACAGGAGAUCAGGGUCUUUCAGGCCGCUGGAAGGCUUCCCUCAUUGUGUGGUGACCAGCGUUGUGGUCAACUUCUUUUUGGCCCACACGGAGCGACUGCAGAAAGUUGGCUUCGACCCCCUGCUGCAGCGCGUGGCUCACACAGAGUUCUUUAUGGAUGGGUUAGGGAGCUUGCUGGUGGGCUCUUGCUCAAAUGUGAUUGUAAGUCACCAGAACAGUUCUUCAACCACGGACUCGAAGCUGGCCUCCCUGGAAAAGACCUAUGGCUCAUACCGGGCCAACACUAAUGCCCAGAUCCAGUUCAAGCUGGCCCUCCACUACUUCAAGAACCGUUUUCACUGCUAUACCUGA